AUGGCAUAUGAGCAUGAAGAUGAUGAAGAAGUCCAUACCGUUAACAAAACUGUUGGUGACGAUUUUUUAAACAAACUUUCAGGUAAGCUUAGUGAUGAUGAUGAACCUAAUGAUGGAAAAGAUGAGAAGGUUGUAUUCCCUGUCCAUGAUGAGAACCAAGCAUGGGAUAAGAUGAUGCCAAUUCUAGGUAUGAAGUUUGCAAACCCAAUGCAAUUGAAGCUAUGUCUAACCAAUUAUGUAGUGAAGAAUGGGUAUGACUUGUGGUAUGAAAAAAGUGAUCAUAACAGGUUACUGGUGAAGUGUUGUAAAGGUAAGAAGAACAAGAGGAAUAAAGGUUGUCCCUUUAGGUUGUGGGCAACCUGGAUGAGCAAUGAAAGGUCAUUCAAGAUUAAAUCUUUAAUUGAUAACCACAAUUGCUCAAGAGUCUUCAAAUUUGGGUCCAUUGUUACCUAUAAAUGGACAGGACAGUGCAGAAAUGCAAAGAGGUAUGCAUUUAAGGAGAUAAAGGGUACUUUAAAGGAACACUAUGCUAAAACUUGGAGCUAUGGAGAAGAGCUAAGAAGGACUAACCCUAGAUCAACAGUGAAGAUGGAUGUUGAUGCCAUGCCUGAUGGAGCCACUUACUUCUCAAAGUUCUAUGUAUGUUUAAAGGGUAUGAAGGAUGGAUGGAUUAAAGGUUGUAGAAGGGUAAUUGGACUAGAUGGCUGCUUCUUAAAAGGUGUUUGCAGAGUUGAGAGUAAGGAAACAUGGAAGUGGUUUGUUGACCUUCUCCUUGUUGACAUUGGAAUGGGAAAUGGACAUGGGUUCACAUUAAUAUCAGACCAGCAUAAAGGAUUACUUGAGGCUGUCAAGGAAAGGGUACCUGCAGCAGAGCAUAGACAAUAUGCAAGACACAUAUGUGCUAAUUUCAUGAAAAAAUUCAAGGGUCAACAGUUCAGUACACUUUUCUGGAGAGCUGCUGCUUCUUCCACCCAGGCUAAAUUUGAGCAACAUAUGAAUGAAAUUAAGAAGAUAGAACCACUAGCCUAUGAUCAUCUAAUGGAGAAGGACCCUAAAACUUGGAGUAAAGCAUUUUUUCAGACUGAUAGGGCAUGUGAUGCAUAUGAGAAUGGUGUUUCUGAGAGUUUUAACUCAAUCAUUGCAGCUGCCAGGAAGAGACCUCUAAUCACUAUGUUAGAGGAAAUUAGAAUUUAUGUGAUGGAGAGACUGUGUAUACAAAAAAGUAAUGGAAGUUCUUGGGGAGACUUAAACAUAUGUCCUACCAUCAGACUGAAAUUGUCCAAGAUUAAGACACUUCAAAGAUUUUGGAGAGUUGUACCAUCUGGUUAUCAACAAUUUGAAGUGAGACUUUUACAAGAUGCAUAUGAUGCUGCAAUUUUAAACCUUAAUAGGGAUCCAGAGGACUAUGUAUCACCAUGGUUGACCACAACAAUGUUUUGUAAUGCCUACUUGUACACCAUUAAUCCACUAAAUGGUAGUGAUAUGUGGCCGGAUGUGGAUUACAUCAAGCCAUUGUCUCCCAAAAUGAGAAGAAUGCCAGGAAGACCAUCAACAAAAAGGAAAAGUGAUCAGAUUGAGAAUGAACUAAAGGGCAAUAAGCAUACAGUCUCAAAAAGGGGAAUUGCUAUGAGAUGCAACAUAUGUAGAGAAUCAGGGCAUAAUAAAGAAAAAUGUCCUCAAAAACCAAUUGGGGAAUCCUCAAAUCCAAAGUCAAAGUCAAAAAAUAAAAAAGCCAACAAAAAAGGUAAAGUGAAGGUUGAAUUGAAUCAAGAAGUUGAUUUGGAAAGUGAUAGUGACAGUGAAGUUCAAAGGGAGCCUGAUAGUGAGGUGGAGUCUUAUGAAGUUGAUUUUGAAGAGGGUAAUCAUACAUAUGGAGAUGUAGACCAACCUGAGGUUGAAGCUGAAGAACAGGUUGAAGUUGGAGGGGUUGAAAAACAGGUUGAAGUUGGAGGGGUUGAAGAACAGGUUGAAGUUGAAGAACAUGUUGAAGCACUUGUUGAAGUUGAAGUUGAAGAAGGUGAAUACCGGGCUGGAGAUGUAGAUCAAGUUGAACAGGUUGAAGUUGAAGUAAUUCAAGAUCCAGUUGGACAAGAUGACCAAGGACAGACUGCAGUUCAAGAUCCAGUGGAAGAGGAGCAUAUGAUGGAAGUACCAGCAUUUCAGGUUCUACAGGGAAAGAGAAGAAGGAAAGCUUUAGAAAGAAUCACAAAAAUUUAA